AAAUAAAUAUGCGACAUAAAGUAAGCGAUUUCCCAAAUCGUUUUGUGAAGUGAGAAAAUGGCAAACGCAAAUAUGCUCUGGAAUUCCGCUAAGAUUCUUGGAUUUCCUGCUCCGAUAGCAAGCAACGUCCGAUGGGCAAGGUUCGGUUAUAAGUUUCGGUUUCGGCAUCAUCCAUUCGAGGGCUCUUUCUUCUUCUUCAACUCCUUGCGUUUCAAUUGCAGCUCCAGUAAUGCAAAUUCAGUAUGUAGUGGCAAAGAGUACUUAGUUUUGUCCGACGAAGAGCUGAUGAAACAGUGCGAAAUGGGAACGUUCAAGGCGUCAGGUCCCGGCGGUCAGCACCGCAACAAGCGCGAGUCUGCUGUUCGUUUGAAGCACAUUCCCACUGGUAUCAUUGCUCAGGCUGUUGAGGAUCGAUCCCAGCAUAAGAAUCGAUCCAGUGCCUUAGCUCGUCUACGUGCUCUCUUGGCCCUAAAAGUUAGGAACCCUGUGGAUCUUGAAGAUUAUUCGCCUCCUCCAGAGCUUCUUCAAAUUCUUCCUCCUAAGUCCACUGUUAGGCCACCGGAAUGUGGCCCUCAAAUUGGUCCUAACAAUUCUAAGUUUCUGCCGGGCAUGCAAGCUCUACUGGAUCUAAUUUCCACACUAGAUGGUUCUGUAUCAGACACAGCUAAGCUUUUAGGGUUAACUACCGGUGCUCUUUCAAGGUUAAUCCUAUCCGAUGAUGCUCUUAGAAUGGCUGUAAAUGAUAUCAGGAUGUCCAAGGGUAUGAAGCCGCUCAAGUAGAUUGGCAAUCAAAACAAGCAUAACUUAAGCAGUAAUUGACAUGUACUACUUCUUUCGAGAUCCUAAGUUUAAAUCUUCAUCACCACAUGUUAGCCAUUAAGUACAAUGUGGGAAGCUCAAUGAACUUGUAACCGGAGAGAUACUACGCAAGCAACUAUCUUUCUUACUGUCGUGCUUAGCUCAACCGCUCAGGGCAUUACUUACAGAAUGACUGAAGGUUUGAAUCUCCAAUCUCGUUUUUUAAUGCAUGACGGUUAAAAACACUUGCUCUUGUUCCCUAUUACUGAAUCUGCUUUAUCAACAAAGAGUUCUACUUUGUUCUCUCAA